AUGGGAAACUUGCCAAGUUCAAGAAUAGAACCUGCACGACCAUUUCUUCAUUUCGGUAUCGAAUUUUUUGGUCCGCUAUUGGUACAUUACAAGAUACGCGGAAAGCAGCCUACUAAAGUGUAUCUUGCGGUAUUUUGUUGUUUCGCAACAAAGGUUGUUCAUCUUGAGGUAGUUGGUGAUCUCAGUACUGUUGCAUUUAUCAGAGCCCUCAAACGAUUCUUAGGAAAAAUAGGUCAUUGUAAAUCACUCCAUUGUGAUAAUGCAACUAAUUUUGUAGGAGCUAACAAUAAGUUUAAUGAGUUAUUAUCGUCAUUACAUGCAGCUGAGUCACAAGAAUCAAUCAUAACGACAUGUGCAAAUGUUGGGAUCCAGUUUAAUUUCAUACCUUCAAGGGCACCUCAUAUCGGAGAACUUUGGAAAGCUGCUGUAAAAUCAGCGAAGCAUCUAUUAAUGAAAAGUGUGGCAACAGCAUCGUUAACAUAUGAGAAGCUUGAGACAGUUGUAAUUGAAGCAAUUCUCAACUCUCGUCCAUUGACACCUCUGUCAAGUAACGCAAAUGACUAUAUCGCACUGACACCAGGACAUUUUCUGAUAGGUGAACCACUGACAUCGAGAGUAGAUGUGACAUCAAAUCAACUUCAAGCAGGAUUACUCACAAGAUGGAAGUUGGUGUCUCACCUAAAAAAUCAAUUUUGGAACCGAUGGAGUCAAGAAUACUUGACUGAGUUACAACAAAGAAAUAAAUGGUGA